AUGACUCGGGCUGGGAAGAAUGUGGAGUGGGAUUUAAACGAUUGGAGUUGGGAUGGACAUCUCUUUGUCGCCACACCUUUGAAUGCUUCUCUGUCAAACUGCGGAAACAAACAGCUGUUCCCUGCUCCAGCUGUCGGCGAACUGCCCAACUGCUCUUUAUCGUUCUCCGGCGAUUCUGAACCUGGAAGCAGCGGCAGGGGAAGAGGCGAGUCAGAGAAACGGAGGAGGGAGGUGGUGGUGGUGGAUGAGGAUGAACCGGAUGAUGUUGCUGGGUCCCUCACUUUGAACCUUGGUGGGCGCGUUUAUCCUGUAACAGAGCCUACAGACCCUGCAGAUUGGGAGGGUAAUAAUGGGAAGAGGAGCAAGAUGCAAGCUGGCAGUUUGAUCCGAGCUGUUUGCCAAGUAGAAGGCUGUGGUGCUGAUCUGAGUGAAGCCAAAGAUUACCACAGACGUCACAAAGUCUGCGAAAUGCAUGCCAAAGCCAGCAAGGCUGUCGUUGGGAAUGUUCAGCAGCGUUUCUGUCAACAAUGCAGCAGGUUGAUAUUCAGAUAGGCAUUGCCUUGUUAAUUUCUUCUAUGCGUGUAGUUGGGAGCCUAGCAAGUGCUUAUUAAUGCUAUCCUUAUUCUGGCUAGAUGCCCUGCAUAGUUUCAUUGUUGUAUUUAUAAUUAUGGGUUGCACAUCUCUAUGAUAAAAAGAUGCGAAGAGUGCAGGUAAUAUUUGAGCAUAAAACUUUAGGUGGCUUCUGGAUCCAAUACUCAUGAUGGCCAUGAAAUAGCUUGACUUUCACUGUGAUUAUUUAUUUAUGGCGUUGAAAGGGAUGAAGAUAAUAAUUCAUGUUUAAGGUAGCUGAGAGGGAUAAUAGAGGUGCCUAGAAAGAUGCAUGAACAUGUAGUGGAGCUAUGAUUAGUGAGAUCUCUAACUCAGUGAGCGUUGCAGAGGGUGCUUACCUCCAAAGGUAUUAUGGUUGACAUAAAAAAAAGGUGACAAAGAAUAUAGAUGAGGCCAAAAAAAUGAGCUGAGGUAGGAGCUCUUACAAACUGACUCAAGAUAUGAACAACGUGAGUGGUCUCAGGCAAGGCCAUAUCUGAGUACACAAGAGCUCUAACAAGCUGUUGAUAGCAUGUAUGAUUCUCCGACGGCAUCACCAUUAAACGAACCAACUUGUUGUCAAAGCCAUAAGAGUCAGAUAUGUAAGAAUCAGAUAAGUAACGUCAUGAAGAUUGCCAGGGAUAUCUUUGUUGUUAGAUAGCAUGUAACAUAGUGUAGAACAAGCAACUUUGAUACCAAAGAAGUAGCACAAAGAUCUAAGGUCUGUCACGUAAAGCAGCUUAUGAAGAUGUUGCUUGCAAGAGGCAAUUAUAGUAGCAUCAUUGCUAUUGAUGACCAUGUUGUAGUCAUAGAAAAGAAGAAUAGGACAACCUUUACGAGAGUUACAAAAAAAUAAAGUGGAGUCAUUGCCACUCUUACGAAAAUAGCAUAGUUUUGCUGUACCUAGCUACUGAAUUGGAUGGCAGUAACUCUGAAUCUACUAGUUAAUGUGAAGAGUAGAUGAUUUUGGAGUGUAGGAGUUAUCUGAAACAAGAUCAAACAGACCAGGGACAUGGUGCAUGAUGGAGGAAAGCCUUCCAAGAAGUCGAGCAGUUUCAAGAGGAGUUAAGUCUUCUCCAUCGAAAUCGGGCACAUGUUCCACUAAAGGGUGGGCCUGGACAAUGGGGGUUUAAAGAGAUAAUGAUUGCUGAAAGGGGCAGGUGCAUAGGAAUGAGAGAUGGCUUAUCAAGAGGAAAACGUUGAAUAAUAGGUAGAAUAGGCAAAAAAUAAAGAUCAGAGAGAAAGACUAGAUCUUAUGAUGAGGAUGUAAAGAAGGAAUAUCCUCAAAAGGUGACUAGAUGGGAAAUGCAAAAUUGGCGUUCAAACACUGACUGUGAAAUGCAAAAAGGAAUAUUCUCAAAUCAUAACAAUGAUACCUGCGAUGCUCCAAACACUGUCCAAGAAGAACGCAUUUAGCUGGUCAAGGAUAGCUUGAUGCAUGCAUGGAAUUGCAUGUGAAUAAAAAAAUGGCGAUACUGUUUUGUGUUGCACAAACAAUUUGGCCAACCUGACUGAAGGUGUCCUCAACAAUGAGCUCUCAGUAUGAAGAUUAUUGAGCAUAUUGCACAGUUGAUACUGGCAAGCACUAUUGGCUUGAUUAUUUUAUUUUUGUUGGUAAAACGAUGAUAUGCACUGGGUAGUGGUCUUAUAGAAUUCCAAAUGGAUGUAAUGAUGACUAGAAUGUAAGAUGUGUCCUAUGGUGAUAUUGUCUCUAUCCUUUCAUAUUAAAGAUAGGGACCAGUUGCGAUUGGAGAACAAGAAGAUAAGUAGUCAGAGUGAUGGAAGCAUCAUUAUUAACCCACAACUUUGGCGCUUUGUAGGUUGAUUCGUGUGGAGACCAACUGUAGCAAGAAAAUCCAUGUUUGAAUUUGUUAAUUAAGUUAGUGGAUCGUAUGAAUGUGUCUUGGGAAUACCUGUUGACUCCUGUACCACUAGAUGGAAAUGGGUUGGAUAGGAAGCUCGAAGUUAGCACAGCCAUACUGGAAGGAUAUCCCAGAGCUUAGGAUGAUGAAGAAAUAAUUGAAAGUAGUUUACAACUUCUCAAAAGAAUCGAGUUUUUCUUAUAAGAAUUGACAAUGAACUGAACUUUUUUUUUUUGUUAUUGUAUUGAUGUAAAGGUGAAUAUUUCCAAAUGUUUAACUUCUAAUUUAUGAAACAUACAGGAAAUGAAAUCAAUUUUUUUCCCUUUCCUUUAUUUAAAAAUGGAUAUUUAGAAGUCAGAUCAUUGGGCGUAGAAUCUGUGACCCGAAAAUUGAUCGCUGAGAACAAAAAUUGUGAUUGAUUCUCAUUUAUUGUUUGUGCUACAUGGCAUGCUAUGCCUACCUUUUAGGUUCUCAUUUAUUUUUGUUGAAUUUACUGUAAUGGUGUGUAACAAUGGGUUUCUUUCAUAUCCUCUACAAGUUUAUGAAAUUCUCUUAAAGUUAUGCUUGUCUAGGUUUCACCUUCUGCAAGAAUUUGAUGAGGGAAAGAGAAGCUGCCGUCGACGGUUAGCUGGACACAACAGACGGAGGCGGAAAGCUCAACCUGAUGCUGUUGUUAAUGGAACAUCUCUAAUGGAUGAUCGUACCAUUAGCUAUCUGUUGAUAAGUCUACUGAGAAUUCUCACCAACCUGCACUGUAAGCACUUUGGGAUUACCUUUCGUUUACUUUUUAUUUAUCUAUUAUUUUUGUGA